AUGGGCCCGCGCAAGAGCAACGCCUUCGCGUCCGGCAAGGAUGACGGCGCCGCCGCCGGCAAGAUACGCAAGGUCGGCGGGAAUGGUGUGGGAGGCAGCAGCGCGACCAACAGCGCCAUCCACAAACAUGGCGCCGCCGCCGCGGCUACCACGGCGGACAUCUACACGAAUGAAGAGAGGGUCUUCCUCGAGUCACAGCUGGCACUCUUCACCUCUGGUGGUGGCGGCAGCGGCGGCACAGACUUUGCGAGGAUGACGAAGGAGCAGUGGUUCGCCGGCUUGCCGACACUCGUCUCUGCAACGGAGAAGUUGUUGCAGGCAGCGGCUGGGCAGUAUCAGCAGACCUGCCAGGAGCGCGCUGCAGCUGCAGCCUCCGUAAACGGCGGGCAAAACGCCGGCUCCUUGCCAAGCACUGAUGGCAGUGGGGUAGGCAAGCACGGCUCCACGGCCAGCAGCAGCCACGCCAACAGUUGCACGGCCGAAGGCAUUGCCCCCGGCGGGGCGGCGGGAUCAUUGGACCACCGCUCCACCCCAGCCGGUGGCACCCCUGCACAGUUUGCCGAGGAGAACGCCUACAUCAUUGCCCAGGCGCAGCAGCUGCAGUGGUACCCCUUCACCUACCAGCGGUGGGUGGAGCUGCUCUUGGAGCCGGGUAAGCAGCAUACCGCCUGCGACGAUGGCGGGCUCCGCGGGGACGCGAUCCAGACCUCCCUGAGGCGCUGCAUUCUCGUAACAUAUCCAGCCGUGGAGGGAGGUGAUGUGAUUUAG